AUGAGUAGACAUAAUUUUUUUAUGAUAAUUAUAGCAUUAAUUGGAAUUAUUAAUACUAUUUUUUGUAUUCCUUUCAAUCAAAAUGAAAAUAAAAAAGUUGAAAGUUCAUUAAGUUCAAAUGGACUUUUAAAAAAUGUUGUCAAACAUUCACCAAAAAUAAGUGAAGAGGAAAUCAACAAAAGUGAAAUUAAAAUAAUAAAAAAAGCUCAUGAAGAAGAAAAUAAAAAAUUAACAAAAUUAGGAAAAUGUAUAAAAGAUUAUACAUUAUCUUGUCCAAAAUAUUGGACAAAAAAUACUACUGAGAAUGGAAAAAUUACAUGUGUAGCUGAUUCUGAAUAUAAUGGAUUUUGCAUAACAAAUCAAUCAUUUGAAAAUUUUACAGAAAAUGAUAAAAUGAAUUUUGAAUCCAGUUGUAAUGUUGAAUGGCCAUGUAAAACAAUAUCAAAAGAUACAUGUGAAGAUGGAAAAAAAGAUUAUAAUAAUCCAUGUCCAGAAGGUUUUUUAGUACAAGAUGAUAAUAGUUGUAAGGCAGAUAUUACUGUUUAUAGAGGUAUGUGUAAUAGUAAUAAUAUUAAAUUUACACAUAUGUCUGAUGAAGAAAAAGAAAACUGGAGUAUUUCAUGUGAGGCUUAUUGGCCUUGUUAUAAAGAAUGCUCUUCUGAACAAUUUCUUUCAAACUGUCCAAAAGAUUGGAAUGAAAUAAAUUUAUAUGAAUGUAUUCCAACACAAAACUAUCGAGGAAUUUGUAAAGGAAAAAAAAACUUUAAAUAUUUUACAAUAUCAAUGAAAAAAAGUUUUGAAGAAAAAUGUAAAACAAGAUUUUUGUGUUCAAAUUCCUGUGAAAAAAAUUAUGAACAGGAUUGCCCAAUGAAUUGGCUAGCAGAAAAAGGAUACUGCUUGGCUCCACAUACAUUUGAUUUAUGCAAUAAAAAAAAGUUAUCUAUUGAAAAUUUAACAACUAAAGAUAAACAAUUUUUUGAAAAAGAAUGCUCAGUAAAUUGGCCUUGUAAAAAAAAAAAUUUUUGUGAAAUGGAUUGGAAUUUUGAAUGCCCUGAAAAUUGGGAAAAAGAAUAUCUAAAAAAUCAAAAAGAACAAUAUAUAUGCAAAUCUCCUUCUUUAUAUAAAGGAAAAUGUAAUAAUAUUUUCUUAACAAAUAAUUCGAACGAAUAUAUAAAAAGAGAAGUAGCUUCAAAUUGCAAUGCUCCUUGGCCAUGUAUUGAUGAAAAAAAAAAAAAUUCUUUUGAUCCAACAGAACAUAAAAUAAACAAUCAAGAUAAUUUUCCGAAUGAAAUAAACGGUCCAAUAACACAAGAAGGGAAAAUUUAUGAAAAAAAAAAAUACACAAUUGAAGAUAGAAAAAAUUCUAGUUUUUUUGAUAUUAUGAUAUAA